GUUAUUAAAGGCACUGAUGAGAUGCAGCUCAUCAUCACUGUGUUCAGUUUGCUCUACAGCAGCAUUUGACCUCAGGUGCAGGAGGAGUCAUUAGUCACAAUGAGGUUUCUGAUCUCACUGUGUGUGUCGCUUCUGCUGCUGAUUAAUGGAGAUGACGCAGGACUCUUACAGCAUUGAGGACACUCCUGCCAAAGGCAUCGCCGUGGGAACGAGAAAGACACAGUGAGAGAGAGCGAGAGAGAUCUGUUUCUAGCGCAGUCAGCACUAAAGUCUCUCACUGCCUUGUUUCGCGGACGGGACGGAGAGUGUGUGUGUGAGCCAUGCGUCUCUGAGCUCCAGCGCUAGCAUGCAGAGCAAUCCUGAGAAGAGGAGAGACACCGCGUCCCGGGAUGGCGAAGGACACCGGGACGAGGCGCAGGCGGACGCGGAGCGGGAGACGCUGAUGAUGGAGCUCACGCGCCUGGUGCAGAAGAGUGUGAGAGACAGCAGCUGGUGGGAGAGGAGAGGAAUAGACUGCAGCAUCCUCACCGCAGCCUUCAUCAGUUUACCGGCAGGGUUCCUGUUGUUGGGUUCGUCUCAGCCGCUGUAUUUCCUGUCUGGUGUUCUGAUGAUGGGCGUGGCUCACGCUGUUAUCACUGUUAAAGGAACACACCUGGCCAGUCACGGCACGCUCAGCGAGUCUCCGGCCUGGGCCCACUUCUGGGCCGUCUUCUUCAUCGAAGUGUGCGGCUCAUUCUCAGCAGGGGCCGGCGUUCAGGCUCACGUCAAGAUGCAUCACGCUUACACUAAUGUGAUCGGUCUGGGAGACUCCAGCACCUGGAAAAUCCCCUUCCUGCCUCGAUGCAUCUAUCUGUUCAUCGCGCCGCUGGCCGUCCCCAUCAUCACACCCAUCGUCGCCAUCGGCCAGCUGAAGGGUCAGUCUCCGCUCCAGAUCCUGCGCACUGUCCUGUGUGUGUGUCUGGGCUUUUUUUCUCAGUAUUAUCUGCUCAGGUGUGUGUCGGGUCUGUCGUGCAGCUCCGCUUUGCUGCUCAUGUUUCUGUGCAGAGCCAUGUUCUCCCUGCCGUACAUACACGUCAACAUAUUUCAGCACAUCGGCCUGCCAAUGUUUUCUCCCACUAACCGGCCCAAACGCAUCUACCAGAUGACACACGGAGUCCUGAACCUUCCCCGAAACCCACUGCUGGACUGGACCUUCGGCCAUUCCCUCAUCAGCUGCCACGUGGAGCAUCACCUCUUCCCGUUUCUGUCUGACAACAUGUGCCUGAAGGUGAAGCCGCUCGUGUCUCAGUAUCUGAAGGAGAAGAAGCUGCCGUAUCACGAGGACGCUUACAUCUCCCGUCUGAGUCUGUUCUUCCACAGAUAUCAGGAGCUGAUGGUGUUCGCGCCGCCCAUCACUGAACUGGUGGGAAUCCAGUGAUGAUGGGAUGAAGAGCAGAAGACGAGUCCAAAUUUGAUACACUUUCAAUUGGUGCAUAAAGGCAUUAGAAUUAAAGUCAAUGUGAAACUCGGCUCACAACGUGACAUAUUUAUGAAAGAAACAGGCUAUUUGAUGCA